AUGUAUUUCGAUGGGGCAUCCAAUGCUUUGGGGCAUGAAAUUGGAGCAGUGUUGAUUUCUCUAGAUGGAAAAUAUUAUCCAGCCACGGCCAGGUUGAAUUUCAACUGUACUAAUAAUAUGGCUGAGUAUGAGGUGUUGGUAAUGGGAUUACAAGCUGCAAUUGACAUGAGGAUCGACAUGAUAGAGGUUUACGGAGAUUCAGCUUUGGUGAUAUGUCAAAUGAGAGGUGAAUGGGAAACGAGAGAUUCUAAACUGAUCCCAUAUCAGAAGUUGGUUACAGAAUUAAGCAAACAGUUCCAGAAAAUCAGCUUCAAUCAUUUCCCUCGAGAAGAGAAUCAGAUUGCUGAUACUUUGGCAACUCUUGCAGUAAUGUUCAAAAUAAAUGAAGCAGCCGUUGUACGCCCUUUCGAUUUAGAAAUCCGAGAAGUCUCUGCACACUGCUUGAACGUUGAAAAAGAGAUUGAUGGUAAGCUAUGGUAUCAUGAUAUCGUGCAAUACAUUAAGCACCAGGCAUAUCCUGAGAACGCCAUGGACAAUGACAAGCGGGCCUUAGAAGAUUAG